UCUGCUUUGGGUUGAUCCAACAGGCUCAGCCGGUUCCUCCUCUCCAGCUCCGCCGCGGAGUCUUUCAUCAACUCCGAAAUGAGUCGAUGUUAAAAUUAAAAACUAAGGGAAUGAAAAGCUGGGAGUCACGGGGAUCUCUGUCCUGCUGGGUCUGAAUAAUCCCGCUGCGUGGGGGACCCACGGCACGGAGGCGGUGCAUCACUGUGCUCACCUCGGAAGGCCUCCGGAACGGGCUGAGGACCGAAGCAGCACCGAAGACCGAACCUAGGCCCGGUUACCGGCGGCUGGUUCCGCGGUGAGACGGAGGGAGAACCGGACCGGACCAGCCGGCGGCCAUGAGAAAAGCCCGGAGCUCAGUGGGAGAAUGCGGGGCCUCCCGGUGUUAGCUGUUCCGCGGCUCCAUGUAAGCCUCCCUCCCAGACAGCCGCAGCUUCCGGGCCCCAUCUGCUCUGGUUAAUCCACCAUGAGGGCCACCGGUAACAACAUGCUCCUGGCCUCCGCGGUGGUGGUGUGGGAAUGGCUGAACGAACACGGCCGCUGGAGGCCCUACAGCCCCGCUGUCUCCCACCAGAUCGAGGCCGCCAUCCGGAGCAGCGACCCCCGCGGAGGGAGCGUGGUUCUCGGCCAGGUGGACAGCAGGCUGUCGCCCUACAUCAUCGACCUCCAGUCCAUGCACCAGUUCAGACAGGACACAGGAACCAUCCGUCCCGUCCGGAGGACUUUUUAUGACCCGGCCUCCGCCCCGGGUCAGGGCUGGCAGUGGGAGUGGGAGAACGACGCGGGAACGUGGACGCCGUACGACAUGGAGGUGGCCAUCGCCAUCGAGAGCGCACACAGCCGCCAGCAGACCUGCCUGGACCUGACGCCGCUCGGGUUCUGCUACCUCAUCGACUUCAAGAACAUGACGCAGGUCAACAGGCAGAGCCAGCGGUGCCGUAGGAUCCAGCGGCGUGCAGACAUAGCGUACCCGCUGGUGUCCGGUCCACUUCCUGUCCCCAAAGGAGGAGGCGUCGGUGGAGGGGGGGGCCUAACCGGAGCGUUGCUGGGGGUCGGGGUGUCCGGAGCCAGCAUGGGGGUGGGCAGCUCCGUCACCUCCAACGGAGGCCUGCAGGUCCUGGGCCUGGGCCAGCCCUGCUCCUGCCAGCAGUGCAUGCUGGUCCUGAGCGUGAAGAGCAAUGCGGGCGGGGCGGGGGGCGGCGCCGCAGCCAUUCAGACUCUGAGCCGGCGAGCUUUAACCAUGCAGCGGCCCAAGAACUCUGCGGCUCCCGCGGUCAGAUCCCUGAGCCCGUCCAAAUCUGCCACACUGGGGCGGGGCCUCCAGCAGAACCCCGCCUACUACCAGACGCUGCCGCACGGCCUCGCCAUCACCAAAAACACCGCCUCGCCUCGGAGGAACGCCCAGCUCUUCGCCCAGUCGCUGGCCGCUCUCACCGCCGGUACCUCCUCCAUGGGCCUCUCCGUGUCUUCCAGCAGACCCCCCCCUCCGUCUCUGCCGCCGCCGCAGCCUCCCUGCAACCAGAACCCACCGUCCAUCCCGCCCAAGCUCUCCGCCUCCACCUCUUCAUCCAACGCCAACGACUCAGUGCCGACCGCCACAUUGAUCACCCCUGCCAGCAGCGUGACCACGCCCCCCUCCCCGGUGCCGUCUCCGUCGCCCGUGGUGAUGAAGCCGCAGCGUUCCGCAUCCACAACAGUGUGCCACGCCCCCUUACCGCAGCGGUCCAGUCUGGCCGGGCUGAGCAGGCCGGCGCUGCAGAGGAUCGCCAUGGCCCAGUCCAGAUCGCUCAUAGCAUCAGGCGUUCCCACCGUCCCGGUGAAAAACCUGAACGGGUCCAGUCCGGUCCACCCAGCGCUGGCAGGGAUCACAGGGAUCCUGAUGAGCGCUGCGGCGCUACCCGUCUGCCUGACCCGGCCGCCCAAACUAGUGCUGCACCCCCCACCUGUCAGCAAGAGCGACAUCAAACCCGUACCGGGCUUCAACCACUGCUGCAGGAAGACCACCAAGAAGCAGGUCCGCAAAGGAAAAACUCCAGAGGAGGUUGUGAAGAAGUACCUGCAGAAAGUAAAGAGUCCUCCAGAGGAGGACUGCACCAUCUGCAUGGAGCCGCUGGGAGGCCCGUCUGGAUACAAAGGUCCGGGCGUGGGCCCCGUCUCCAAGGCGGAGUCGGUGGGGCGGCUGGCCCAGUGUGGACACCAGUACCACUUCCAGUGUCUGGUGGCGAUGUACAACAACGGCAACAAGGACGGCAGCCUGCAGUGUCCCACCUGCAAAACCAUCUACGGCGUAAAGACGGGCAACCAGCCGGCGGGGAAGAUGGAGUACCACGUCAUCCCUCACUCCCUCCCGGGUCAUCCUGACUGCAAAACCAUCCGCAUCAUCUACAACAUCCCGCCAGGGAUUCAGGGACCAGAGCAUCCCAACCCAGGGAAGCCCUUCACUGCCAGAGGCUUCCCCCGACACUGCUACCUCCCAGACAGCGAGAGAGGACGCAAGGUUCUAAGGCUGCUCCUGGUGGCGUGGGACCGCCGGCUCAUCUUCUCUGUCGGUACUUCAAGCACCACAGGAGAAUCAGACACCGUCAUCUGGAACGAGGUCCACCAUAAGACGGAGUUUGGUUCCAACCUGACGGGUCACGGCUUCCCCGACCCGGGUCACCUGGAUAACGUCUUAGAGGAGCUCCGUGCUCAGGGCAUCACAGAGGAAGAUGCACUGGUAGAAAAGUGAAAGAGCUAAAGGAGUCGAAGAAGAGGAGGAGGCAGUGAUGAUGGACACAUGGCCUGAUGGAAAAAUAUCAGGAGGACUGAGGAAGACUCUUUCCCAGGACUAAGGAGGAGGAAGGCGACCUCAUUCUCCAGAGAGAGGAGAGCUGUCAGUGCUGGCUUAGCCUUUCAAUGCAACUUUCUCCAAUGUUCGUUUUUUAAACCAGCACAGAGAGAGAGGAGGAUGGGGGGGCAGGAGGAAGAGGAGGCCGAUGAAAUAAAAGAUUUAGGUACUAAAUAACAAGAGUGAGAAUGAAUGGGUACUAACAUCAAGGAGAAAACAAGUUAACUUUACUGAAUGAAAGGAAAUAAAAAGAAGGUAAAAAGCAGCAAAAACUGAAAGGAAAUGAUGGGAAGAGGAUGGAGGAGGAGGAGAAAAGGGAGGAGGAGUUGGAAAAGGUCAGCAGGAGGAGUGAAGAUGGUGUAUGAAUGUAGUUUAGGAUAGCAGUAGAAUUAACUUGUGGUACUUUCAGGUACUUGAGGGACCAACAGACAAGACUGGCUUUGUUCAUUUCACCCUGUGGUGAGGGGCGCCCCCUGGUGGGCUCUCCCAUGUCCUGCAGCUCAGCCAGUGAGCUGCUGCAACAAACCAGUUUUCACUCUCAUCCUCAUUUGGCGUCAUUUCGUUCUUUACCUCUUUGAUUUGAAGGCUCCUUCUGGAGCUGAAGAUUGUGAAAAAAAAACCUGAAGACCAGACUGCAGCUUCUGGGAGCUAUUGGGCCGCCUGUAGAAGAUAACCUUAGAUACGCAGGCACAUUUAUGUUCUUAUCAUUCUUUAGUCAAAUCAGACAGGCGUCUAGAUGCUCCUGUUUUUGUUUUUUUAUUGAGUGCUUGGAUUUAACCACACCUGACGGUGCAUUCACAGCCAAUAAAACCCCUCAGGGUGAACAGUGUUGGGUUAGGAGGAGACAAACUGCAGAGGUUUCUGCUGAGCCAAAUGGUUCUAUAAGCAACAAUUAUCCUGUCAGUGCUGCAUUCAAUGAACACAGUGUGUCAGAAUUUUGACCCCUUAAUAGUGGCUUUUCUGUUUUUUGAACCAAGCUUAAUGAAUUAAGAGUUUCUCAAAUGCAACCUGUUUUUCUCCCUGACACAGCAUUAAAAACAUCCAGGAGAUAAGAAACUUCUGACACGGUAAAGUCGAUGUGUUUUCCUGUAAAAAUGUCAG